GCAGCAGCAGAGAGCAUCACUUGCGAUAUGGGAAUUCAUGUCUUGCUGUAUGUGCCUAAUGUAAUUGGUUAUAUCCGGAUUCUUCUUGUUCUCAGUUCCUGGAUGCUGUAUAGUUACCCAGAGAAUUUUGUACCCUUGUAUGUGUUAUCAAUUAUAUUGGAUGGGGUGGACGGCUGGGUGGCACGUAAGCUGCAGCAGACCUCCAGGUUCGGCGCAUGGCUGGAUGUGGUCAUUGACAACGUAGGACGUGGCAUGCUCUGGAACAUGCUUUAUGAUUGGGGCUGGCUGGUGUGUUCAUUAGAGUGGUGUGUAUUUGUGUGCAACCACAAUGCCAGAUGUGCCCAGUGGAAGAACACUUUCACAAAGAGCCCAGUUUGGGUGCAGGCAGUGAUGGCAAAAGGCUUCAAGACACCUUUGGGAAUCCUGACAAUAGCAGGUCUCCAUGUUUUGCCUGUGUGGCUGUAUGGCUACCAGCAUGAGGUGCUGUCUCAUGCUCUCUAUGCCCCAUACUGGCUACAGACUCUGGGGAUUCUGGUGCUGGCAGCAGGACGCUUGCUGUGCUUUGCAGUUGAGAUGUGGUGCAUCGUAACCCAUAUGAAAUUCUUAUUGUUGGAUGAAGAGGAAGAAAAGAAGAACUAGGGAUAUAUAUAUAUAUAUAUAUAUAUAUAUAUAUAUAUAUAAAUUU